AUGGAAAAAUCGCGGAAGACCGAGGAAAUCAUCGUCUUGAACAAAGACCUUGUUAACCCUAAUAAGGACUUUGAAAUCACUGUGAAAGUACCCAAGAAGAUAAAGGUUGGGGUCAAUCGGUUUCAAACAGCAUUGAACUGCUCUAAUUGCGAAGUGACGUGUCAUUAUCCUUGCAACUUGAGUUUGUGGACGGGUAUCCUGUCAUUAAAGUCGAGCGAUAGCCUGUCGUGCAAGGUCUGCCCUGGAAAGUGCGCAACUGACGAUCAUUCAAAUGAACUCACUAGGUGGGACUACGUUCAAGAAGACGAGACUCGCACUCUCUAUGACAUUCGCAAGAAGUACGACGAGGCAAUGGAAAAGAUGCUAAAUGCGGAAGAACUGAAGAAUGCGUUACAAGGAGAGGCAGAGCAGCUGAAAUUCGACAUUAUUAAAGCGAUGGAUCAGAUUACUCACAUCUCAAAUCUUUUAAAGAAGAUAGCACUGCGAGGUGAUCCGCUCUCCACUCCCGAAUAUAUUAAAAUGCUGAUUGACAAGGAGCAAAUAGAAAAAAAACCUGGACACGAGGAGAGAAUCAAAAGUUUGGGAGAACUAUUGAAAAAGGCUCGGCUUACGAGAAACGUUACCGAUGGUGGUGAUUUAGCCAAGCAGUUCCUAAAAUAA